ACUGAAAGCAGCCAAGGGUGGUGGGGGGGAGAGGGAGGAGCAAUAGGGCCAAGGUUACCCAUGAGAGUCCCGACAGCAGAAAAGCCCUGCUAGAGGAGAAACACAGAGAGAGAGACAGAGAGGGAGAGACAGAAUAGGUGAGGUUAUUUUCUUUAAAUGACUUACGAUUAUUAAUAACCCGAGACCGAAAGCAACAACCAGGGGCGAGAGAAAAGAAAAGAAGACAAAGAAAAGACGCUGGAAUAACUGCCACACGGGCAAAGAGAAAGAGAAAGAGAGACAGAGACACAGAGAGAGACAGACAGACAGAGAAAUACAGAGACAGAGGCAGUUCAAAGGCAACCGAAGCCAAAGUUGACAGUUGGCUGUUUACCCAGCGAAGUCAAGAGAGAGGAACUCUUAAAGGGAACUCCCAUCUUAGAGGAGACGGAAGAGGGGGGGUUAAAAGUUAGAAACAAUAGCUGAAACACACACAUUGACUGAGAGAACUGGACUACAUGGACUACUGACACAGGGGAACAAAGAGCAUAGGUGAGAGGACCGCAGCAGCUUGUCCCAGCCUGGUCUUGUGUGUCAUUUAGACAGCAGGGGGGGGACACACACAGGUCACCAGACAGUUAGCUCCAGCUGCGCCGCACCAUGUUGCUGAAGGAGUACCGCAUUUGCAUGCCGCUGACCGUGGAGGAGUACCGGAUCGGUCAGCUGUAUAUGAUCAGCAAGCACAGCUGUGAGCAGAGUGACGGGGGGGAGGGGGUGGAGGUGGUGCAGAACGAGCCAGAGCUACACCCGCAGCACGGCCCGGGACAGGUGACGGAGAAGCGCAUAUACCUCAGCAGCAAACUGCCAUCCUGGGCAAAAUCAUUCGUCCCGAGAUUCUUUUAUGUGACAGAAAAGGCCUGGAACUUUUACCCAUACACUAUCACAGAGUACUCAGUCUCCUUCCUACCAAAGUUCAGCAUCCGUAUCGAUACCAAAUUUGAAAACAACAAUGGACAAAAUGCAAAUGUGUUUGGAGACCAGCCGACCCCAGAGGAGAGUGUGUGUUUCCUGGAUAUCCUCACUGACCCCAUCCCUGAAAGGAGCUACAAAGAGUCAGAAGACCUGAGCCGCUGGCAGUCCGACAAGACAGGCAGAGGGCCCCUGGAGGAGGGCUGGAGGGCCUCGGCCGAGCCCAUCAUGUGCUCCUACAAGCGAGUGAGCUGCAGCUUCGAGGUGUUCGGCGUGCAGUGCCGAACGGAGGAGUUCAUACACAAAAACAUUCGGGACAUUCUUUUGGUUGGCCAUAGGCAAGCGGUUGCCUGGAUCGACGAAUGGCACGGGAUGAGUCUGGACCAGGUGAGGGAGUACGAGAGACUGCUGCAGGAGGAGACCAACAGCAAAGUCAAAUCGAGCCAGUGCGGCACAGGUCAACCGAUGGCCUCUCGCCCGACCAUUUCGCGCUCUGUCUCCGUGACCGAUGAUCGCUCGCUGACGAUGAUGGGAGGGAGGAACUCAACCAUGACCGACUCCGAGCCCUCUCACCCCCGCAGCCCCAUACGCUUACAUUCAACCCCCGAGUGAUGUCUCACACACAAUCACCCCACACACACACACCCGCACACACAUGCAUACAGCCAUGAAACAUUUCCCAUGAGACCAAACCCAGAAGAUUGAUACAAUUCUAUCCAAAUCCAAUAGCAACCUCUAAGCGUUAUGCAGCUAAACCACACACACCCACCAGCACCCAACCACCAACACACACACACACACACACACACACACACACACACACACA